AUGAAUGACUAUCUCAUGGCUGAGGAUUCUGAGUUGUGGGACAUCAUCUGUGAUUGUCCUUUUGUUUCUAUCACGAAAGAUGAGACUGGAGCUGAAACAGGUCCAAAGACAAGGAAGGAAGGCAAGAAAAUCCUUGUGUGCAGUAUUGAGGCUGAUGACUACAAUCGCAUCUUAUCAUGCCAAUAUGCGAAGGAGAUUUGGGAUGCUCUUCAAAACGCUCAUGAGGGAACUAGUCAGACCAUUGAUGAGCUCAUUGGUAAUCUCAAAACCUAUGAGUUAAAAAGAAAACAAGAUCUGGAAAGGAGGGAGCCAAGGAAAGAGAAGAACCUAAUUCUCAAGGCUGAUGGCAAGAGUGAUUCAAGUGAUGAUGAGUCAUAA